GUUCUCUGUGUUGUGCCUCUCGGAGUCUAUCUGCUGGUGUUACAUUCAAGAGCAACAAUGUCACGUUGGAAGGAAAUGAAUAAGGAUGAGCUAGAGAGGCAGUUUUCGCCCAGCCAAUGGUCGCACAGAAUGUCGGCAGACGACGUUAUCAAAUCCCACGUGACGGCGCUCAAAGAAGGUACGGAGCGUGCCCGGGGCCUGGCCCAAACCCUCCUCAACGUUCCCUAUGGAGAAGGAGAGGGGGAGAAACUAGACGUCUAUGUUCCCACCACCACUUCUCUAGAUGUCCCACUGGUAAUCUACCUCCAUGGAGGCUACUGGCAGUUCCUUAGUAAGGAGGAGUCCGGGUUUAUGGCUGUCCCAUUGGUCCAGAAGGGCGUUGUGGUGGUUGCCGUGGGUUACGACAUCGCUCCCAAAGGGAACAUGGAUUUGAUGGUGUCUCAGGUGCGGAGGAGUGUGGUGUCCGUCAUUCAACAGUAUUCACACAUUAGUGGUCUGUACCUGUGUGGCCACUCUGCGGGGGCCCACCUGGCUGCUAUGAUCCUCUCUACAGACUGGUCUCAGUACAGUGUGACCCCUCAGAUCAAAGGUGCGUUCCUGGUCAGUGGUAUAUAUGACCUCCUGCCCAUCCUAUCCACCUAUGUCAACGAGCCUCUGAAGAUGACAGAAGAGGUGGCUCUGAGGAACAGUCCUAGUCAGCUGGUUCCGCAGCUCAAACUCUCCUCCUCCAACUGUGACAUCGUGGUUGCCGUGGCGCAGAAAGACUCGCCAGAGUUCCGGAAGCAGUCGGAGGACUACUACAAAACGCUGGAGUCAACAGAAGGACUGAAGGUAACAUUGGAGGACGUUCCAAACACAGAUCACUUCAACAUCAUCGAGCAGCUAGUCGACGGAGACUACCACCUCACUCAGCUGCUGUUAAAGAUGAUGGGGAAGAGCUAAAGACACCGGCCAAUCAUUGAAGAGAUACAGGGACACCAGACAAUCAUUAAUUUACAUAUCAACCACAAACACCUCUGUUCUGAACCACAUCUAGAGGCACCACGCACCAGUUAUUAUGGACUGAUGGCUAUUGGCUAAACGAGGUGGUUAGGUAACAGGUAUUAUGUUUUGUGUUUACAGAACCUCCGGGGUGAAGAUUCCCUUAGUUACAGUUCUUGGAUCAGUUUUUGAUUUCUCUUAACUUGAACUAUUAGUGGGAAAAAAAUGCAAAACUGACCCAAGAUCAGCAUAUAGGGGCAUCUUCACCCUGCUCCGUUACAAAAGCUAUCGCCUGGAGUUAUUCCUGGUUCAAGUCAUGACCAGGAAAUACUCCAGACCCUGCUUUAUGUCUUAUAGAAAGGUGGGCAAUCAUUUUGGCUCAAAGGCCGCAUCGGGAUUUUCUAAAUUCCGAGGAUGGCCGCACAGAUUUUUUUCCCGGACCGAUUUGUUCGUCAAAAACAAUUUGUGGGCCAGAAAAAGGGAAGUUAUUUAACUUUUAGGUCCAAUAUAAUCUCUACAUACUUUCUCAUUUUAAACGUUCAAGAGCCAUGUUCCCUCUAAGCUGCAACUUCCUCCAGGACUGCUGCGUAGAAGGUCUUUUGAGAGUGUGUUUGUGUUAGAGAGGCACAUGGUUUUGUUUGGUCUCUCCUGUGUUAGUCUCUUGUGGUCGGCUACCUCAGUAAGUCCUCAGACUGGCUGAUAACCUCAUGAUGAUGCAUCCUACUCUCCUUACCUACACAGCUAACCUGUUGACAUCUUUUUCUUUAUUUAACUAGGCAAGUCAGUUUAGAACAAAUUCUUAUUUACAAUGAUGGCCUACUUGUAAAACUCUUAGGAAUCUUUUAGGGAAAUAGUCAAACUGAUCCUGGACCAGCCAUAGUUUGAAAACAUAUUAUGCGUCCCAAAUUGCAUCCUUAUAUAGUUCACUAGUUUUAACCAGGUCUAUUUCACUAGGUAGGGUAUAGGGUGCCAUUUGGGACUGAAGCAUAGGAUAAAGUAGCAACACUUGUUUCCAGAGCGAGCGAGAUAGCUAAUCAGUUAACCAAUCACUAUGCACAAAUUAAUAUUGUCUUCAUGGCAAUUUUGCCAAUGUCCAGUCGAUUUCAUCGCUUGUUUUAGUGGCACAGUGUAGUUGAUAACGCGCCGACAGUGGCACUUUUUUGUUUCUUUGUAUUGUUACAUCACUUCCUGUGUUUGUUUCUAAACUUCUCUGAACCAUAGAAAUAAUCCACCCAUUAUGACAUCAUUGACUUGAAUAAGGAUGCCUGUUCUCUGAACCAUAGAAAUAGUCCACCCAUUAUGACGUCAUUGACUUAAAUAAGGAUGCCUGUUCUCUGAACCAUAGAAAUAGUCCACCCAUUAUGACAUCAUUGACUUGAAUAAGGAUGCCUGUUCUCUGAACCAUAUAAAUAGUCCACCCAUUAUGACAUCAUUGACUUAAAUAAGGAUGCCUGUUCUCUGAACCAUAGAAAUAGUCCACCCAUUAUGACAUCAUUGACUUGAAUAAAGAUGCCUGUUCUCUGAACCAUAGAAAUAAUCCACCCAUUAUGACAUCAUUGACUUGAAUAAGGAUGCCUGUUCUCUGAACCAUAGAAAUAGUCCACCCAUUAUGACAUCAUUGACUUGAAUAAGGAUGCCUGUUCUCUGAACCAUAGAAAUAGUCCACCCAUUAUGACGUCAUUGACUUAAAUAAGGAUGCCUGUUCUCUGAGCCAUAGAAAUAGUCCACCCAUUAUGACGUCAUUGACUUGAAUAAGGAGGCCUGUUCUCUGAACCAUAGAAAUAGUCCACCCAUUAUGACGUCAUUGACUUGAAUAAGGAGGCCUGUUCUCUGAACCAUAUUGACUGGGAAUCUUUCCCCACUAUGUUGUUCACCUGUUAUUAUAGCUUUAUUGACCUGCCAUUAGAACCAGGGUUCAAAUUAUACAUGGCCUCUUGGGGGUGCAUGAACGGUGAGGGUGAUCAAUCUGGCCCACCCCCCCCCCCCUAAUUCAAACCCUGGUUAUUUUCUAAAGGACAUGAACAGGGUCUGGACUUCUCGUGUUAAGAUUAAGUACAUGACAUGAAUUGCAAUCAGUAUGAAGACAGGUGAAUGUUGGCAUUCAAUAGGGUACAUCUCGAAUGGUGAAAAGUAGUGCACUUUUUUUUAGGGAAAAGGUUACCAUUUUGGACAUAUGUGAAAUUGACCUAUAUAAUUGUCAGAUGUGUGUUACAUAUGGAAUUAAUUGUAACAUGUGCCCCAAAUAACCGUUUGACACUUGAAUUUGUCAAUCUAGAACUAAGGAAUACUGUAUUUUGUUUAUUAUUCUACUCUAAUAUGAAAUUGUCAAUCUAGAUUUGCACACUAAAAUGUAAUAAUGGUUUUAUGUGGGUCAUUAUGCUUCUUUGUCUAGUUGCCUAAAUGCUUGUUUACAUGACUAGUAAUAAUGUUGGUGGGAGAAUUAUGUAAAAGAUCACAAUAAAUGUGUAUGUCAUGGAAGUGUG